CCGGCGCGGAGCCGCGCCCGGGGCACGGCGCUGGCCUGCAUCUCCUUCGGCAGCCUGGCCGCGCCCCCGUUCGGCGGCGUGCUCUACGAGUUCGCCGGCAAGCAGGUGCCCUUCCUGGUGCUGGCCUGCGUCUGCCUCCUCGACGGGCUGCUGCUGCUGGCCCUGGCGCCGCCCUGCGCCGCGGGGGCGAGGGCCAACAUGCCCGUGGGCACCCCCAUCCACCGCCUCAUGAUAGACCCUUACAUCGCCGUGGUCGCGGGGGCGCUGGCCACCUGCAACAUCCCCUUGGCCUUCCUGGAGCCCACCAUCGCCAACUGGAUGAAGGAGUCCAUGGGGGCCAGCGAGUGGGAGGUGGGCCUCACCUGGCUGCCCGCCUUCUUCCCCCACGUGCUGGGUGUCUACGUCACCGUCCGGCUGGCCGCCGCCUAUCCACACCUUCAGUGGUUUUACGGGGCCCUGGGCAUGGCCAUCAUCGGCGCCAGCUCCUGCCUGGUGCCGGCCUGCAGGAAUUUCUGGCAGGUCAUCAUCCCCCUCUGCGGCAUCUGCUUCGGCAUCGCCCUGGUGGACACAGCGCUGCUGCCCACCCUGGCCUUCCUGGUGGACGUGCGCCACGUCUCCGUCUACGGCAGCGUCUACGCCAUUGCUGAUAUCUCCUACUGCGUGGCGUACGCCCUGGGGCCCGUCGUGGCCGGCCAGAUUGUACACAGCAUGGGCUUUGUGCAGCUCAACCUGGGCAUGGGGCUCGCCAACGUGCUCUACGCCCCCGUUCUCAUCUUCCUCAAAAAUGUCUGCCAGAUGAAACCCUCUCACUCGGAGAGGAACAUCCUCCUUGAAGAAGGACCUAAGGGACUCUACGACACCAUCAAAAUGGAGGAGCGCAGAGGCAUGGGCAAAAGCCUGCGGCCGGGGGGUGACACGGAGGAGAAUGGCACAGACUCAUAUCGCAGGGACCUGACAGAGGUGUCUGAGGAAGACUCGUCAGACUAUGAGUACAGUUAGGUCCUUCCACACGGACUGGGAAUGAGGAGGGAUGCGUGGGAGUGAGGACAGGGAGAACGAAAGCAUUACUGCAUUCCAUUUCUGUACUGAUGUGCAAUAUAUACAGUUUAGCCUUUGUCAUGAUGUAAUGGCUUUCUUCUUCUAGACUAAUUUUAAUUACUAUUUCCUUCAGCGUUCUGGUGAGGGGUGGGAGAAAUCCUGGGGAAAGAAAACUUAUAAGAGACUGUGGGCAUCCUUUAAAAAAGGAAAAAGGAACCAGGAAAAAUCACACCAGGUGUGUGAUUGUGCAAAGUUUGCUCGAGCUGAAACAGAGUGUGACAUAAUGUAUAUCUCUGUAUAAAGAAAAAGGGAGGGGGAGGGAGAGGGUGAGGAAGUAAAGCAAAAAAAAAAUCUGUAUACAAUUUUGAAUGGCGUAUUCAGGGACUUAAUAAACCUCGUGUACAUAUACUUAGAUUUUCAGUUGGUUUCAUAUAUUUAAGAAGAGCAACGACCAUCCCAGUAUUUAUCAUUCCUUAGGAAUAAACCGAAACAUUGUACUUUUUCUUGUGCCACUCUCCGGUAAGUGCAAUAUGCUGUGUUAUGUUGAAGUCCGAACUACGAGAACAAUACAAUCUGAAUAAAUGGAACUGAAAGGGAUCGAUUGUCUUUGUUACGUUGCUGAGGGCUGCUGGAGGGAGGGAGCUCGGCUCUGCUCAGCGUAACCCCUCUGCUGCC